ACUGUUUUGUUGUGUUUUGAUACGUUACCGCCGUUUAGCCUCAUCCCGCCAUUGAGAGUCAUCUCUCUAGUGUGUUGCAAUAUUUCAAUUGGAUUCUGCAAGCGUUGAGCAGAUGCGCCUCACGCACGUUACUGCAUUUCUUCUCUAUUUCUUGAAACCAGAGGAAGCAUUAACUGAAAAACAAUAGUCUACGAGCCAAUGAAUAAAGUAUUAAACUAAACAUCGCUAUCAAAGCCGUGUGUGUAACUCGUUUCUUCAUCGAACCAUUGUCUGGAAUCACAUUACAUUACGUCGCACUUAGGUAGCUGACAGGUUGCGCCUAUUAAGUGAUGGCUCUACCGGCAAAUCAAUUAAAAAAGUGUCCAACGGAUCAAUGGUCAGUUCGGGAGAAGUUGGCAUUAGCGUCGUCUGUCGAGCGAACCCGGGACCAGAACUGGGUUUCCGUGAGCCGGCAAAUCAAAUCGUUCGCUGAACCAAAUCGGCCACCGGACUGGUUUUCGCAGAAGAAUUGUGCGUUACAAUAUGGAUACCUACUGGAGAAUGUCGAGCAUCCGAAGAGAAAACGCGGUGAAGAUAUUGCCACUCCCGAAAUCAAGAGUGCGAUGGGUUCGCUUAUAGUGAAGAAGCUUGCUCAGGAACGAAUUGCGGAACUGGAAAAGCUCGUUCUUGAAGGAUAUGCUCGCCAUCAAAAGCUACGAAAAGAGCUUGAUCUCAUUACGGCCGGAAAGAUGGAUGACAAAAUCGACGAACUUAUUGACGAAUUAAAUAAACAAGCAGAGGAAAAAUUGCGGCAAGAAUCCGUUCAUCAGAAAUGGCUCAAGGACAGAGAGAUGGAAGCUGAACGGCAACGGCAAUUGCGUUUACAUAUGUUGGCCGCCCAGAAGACGAAGAAACAGACGCGAACAAUUAGCGACAAUUCUGACUCGAUGCAAUCGGAUGACUCAAAUCUUCCCGGACACUCCCUUGUGGCCCCUGAAAGCCCUUUACCUCCCCAGCCUCCGGCCGCUUCGUCGUUGCUCACUUCACUGUUGCGCUCCCCGAACGAUUCUCCAAACCAAAGCCCACGAACUUCUCACGGUCCUGGGCCGUUGUCCAUAACCCAUGCGCCAUCUCAAUCAGUUCCUGUAUUAUUACUGCCGCAGCCUCUGACGCAUGGACAACGCUCGCAGAGUACGGAUUCCCAACAGUCUGGACCCGGAACUCCGGUACACACUCCAACAACGUCGCAAGCGCCGACCCUUUCCAAACUUCUCGAGCAGCCGCCUGGAUCAGCCUCAUCAAUUUCGACGGAAGACAAGAAGCCAGUAGUCGCUAUCAAAACCGAAGUGGUAACCGAAAUCAAGCAGGAAAUCAUUGAAGAUUCUGUACAGGCUACUAAAUUAACGGAAACCAUGCAGGCAAUUUCUGAGCCAAAAACCGAAGAACAGCUCCAGCAGUCAAAACAGCAGCCACAAGUACCGUCACAACAGCAACAAUUGCAGCAACAACAUCAGCAGCAGCAGCAGCAACAACAUCGGCAGCAGCAGCAGCAGCAGCAACAGCAACAACAACAGCAACAACAACAGCAGCAACAACAGCAGCAGCAGCAACAACAGCAUCAACAACAACAACAGAAUCAACAGCAAGAGCAACAGCUGCAGGAACAGCAAUGCACAACGACAGACAGAUUGCUCGAGGAUGCCCUCUCCGUAAUGAAUGACGUGGCUAAUGGUGGCCAGCCAACGCUGGAGGCUGCGGCCGUCGAGGAAGUGCCGGAUUCUGAAAUCGUUUCGUACAUCGAUGAAAUGCGGCAGGACAUGGAACAGGGAAAGGUGCAGGCGAACGCAGAGGAACAGCAGCAAAAGCAAAUGAUUGCAGCUCAGCUUCGCCAGAGUGCCGAGGAAGUUGUGGCGACCAAGAGUGAGCCGGACAUAGUUCCGCCCGAUGCGCCACUUCCGACGCAAAUAAAACAGGAACCAGUCGAGGCAGUUGAAGAACGCCAGCCACCGCCAGCUCCAAUGGACAACCAGGAGACAACUCAGAAACUUGUUUCUGCUGAGAUUCAAAUUCAGCCAACACCGCCGCAGUGUUCUAAGCCACCUUCGAGAGAGUCUACCCCUGUCUCGUCAAAAGCGCCCUCGCCGACAGCAUCGCCAGCUCGCACCCAGCCAUCAGCAUCCGCCACAGUAGCUUUAACAGUAAAGCCAACUUCAGCUGUGUCUAAGACUUCACCUGCCAAAGAAAAAGAACACACUUCUCUAAUAAAUGAGAAGGAACGAGCCAAGAUGAGUAUUAGGAUCCCUACAGGUACAGUGGCUAAAGAAAGGAUAUCUACUCCACCGCCGAAAACGCCGACGAAACUUCGUGAGUCCUUAACUACGCUAAAACCUCGUGAGCCAGAAAGUACACCCUCUAAGGUGCCACAGUCGCCUAGGUUGACACCUACGAAGACAAUUAAAAAGAACGACGACGAUACGUCGUCGACAACAGGGUCUGCACCAGCAGGAGUCACUACUGCUGUACCGUCUAUGUCCAGUACCGAAACGGCUGUGACUACUAACAGCGUCAGUGAAGAACGAAAUGAAGAUACGGAUGACAAAAGCCAAUGUUCUAGCAAUACGAAUGCCGGUGAUGAAGCAGCAUCAGGAUUGGAUAGUCAAGAGACGGAAAGUCGUGAAGAUAGCGUUGAUGAUAACAGUCCUUCCGCAGCCAAUAACGCCGAAGAAGAAACCCGCGAGGAGGAAGUUGCGAUUGACAGCAACAACAAAGAAAGCAAAGAACCGGUUGUCGUCGUCGCGCUCUCGGAAAAAGAGAGAGCGGACGACGUUAAGAAUGCAAGAGAUGAAACUUCAAAUAUUGUUGAAGAGGAAGUUGUCGACGAAAUGAUUGAAGAAGAGGUCUCAGAAGAUGAAGAUCUUGUUUCAGGAACGAACGCUGUGCCGGAUGAACGUAAUGUUACCGAGCAGGUUUUCAAAAGUAACAGGAGUAAGGACGCCGACGAAAAAGAGGACGACCCUAAAGACGACAAUGCUCUGGGAAGCCCAGAAGAUGAGGACGUGGAGCGCGCCGAAGAACGUGAGCGUGACCUUAAAAUCUGGAAGAAGUCAGCUCUUUUAGUGUGGCGCACAGCGGCGAAUCAUUCGCAUGCGGGUGUUUUUAUGACGCCAGUUACUGAUGAGAUGGCCCCAGGUUAUGCAGACAUUGUCUAUCGGCCCAUUGACUUAACGGCAAUUCGACGCGGCAUCGAAACUGGCGCUAUCCGUACCACGCUUGAAUUGCUUCGGGAUAUGAUGUUGAUGUUCCAGAAUGCCAUUAUGUACAACAGCGCCGAUCAUGAUGUCUAUCAUAAAGCUAUUGAGAUGAGACUGGAUGUAAUUAAACAAAUUGAGGAAUGGAUGGCCAAUGAGGCCGCAGAAAGAGGCUCCGGAGGAAAUUCCCCGUUGCUACUAGGGCUUGGAGCAGCCAUUGGCGUCAAGCGAGCUGCUCGACAUCGACAUUCCGAAGGCCCGGAACAGCCGGCCAAAAAACCCCGUAGGUCUACGGGGGUCGGCGCGAUGAAAUGAAUAUAAAGCACAUCACCGAAUCUUGAAUUGAGGAAUUGAACUCUGAGCCAAAAGAGGACACUAUAUAUUCAGACAGCUGAUGCAAAGGCAUGAAAGAAUAUCUUGCAAUCCCGUGGCACGUGUAUAUAGGGUAGCAACUGAAGGAAUAGGCUGGAAGGAAUAAGAGCGACGUGUUUGAGUUAAAAGCUAACUUGAAUCCUCUGAGCCACUCUAGGUUGCGAAUUCGGGCUGCCAGCUGAAGACCGACCACGUCCAGUUAGUCGCCGCAGGGCUCAUUAAUUGGAUUCGAAACGCCGCAGCAAGAAGCAUUCAAUUGAACGUUGUACGUUGAUGUUUUGAAGAAGUUCCACACCCGAUCACCUGCUCUACUAAUCUGUAUAGGCAUGGACAAAUAAAAAACUAUGGAACUUUGCGACUACAUUUCUAAUGUGCGCGAAUAGCAAUGCUGAGCAGUACUAUAUAAUUUAAAGAUGGUUUUGUGUAACUCAUUAAUGACGAUUGUCUACAAAUCCUGCGUUUUCUGAACUACGCAAGCCUAAUCAAAUUUGUCAAUGAAUUCAGCUGCAAUUUUUCUUUGUCGUAAAUCGUUUGUGCUUCGCUGUAAAUAUUUAUAUCAAAACUAUUUCGCCGGUCUCUCUAGCUUCAUCUCGGAGUUGCGAGCUGGAAACGAAGCGCUUUUGAUUUGUUUGAUUUGAUGAUGAUCACUAGAGUUACACUUUAACUGAACAGGUCUUUUUUAGUCUAGGUAUUUUUGUUAAAUGUAAUGGUAUAUGGAAUGUAGGCAUUUUUGUAUAAUCAAAAAAGAGGUAAUAAAUGGCAGAAAGCAAACAAGAUACUGGAAACAUGACUAUGAAAUGAAAAUGUGGAGGUCAAAUAUGUACGUGUGAUUCUGCAAGGAUAAGGUACGUUAUUUGUAUAUUAAAGGCGCAAAACAUUCAGAGUUAACUAUAAAUAUUUCAUAAACAUUAUAAUAAAAUAAAUAAACGUACCGAGAAUUAUUCGUAAAAACGA